AUGGCCGACUCAGCUGGUCUUCGCACCAGGAGAGCAACCGCAAAGGCGGCGGCUGCUACUCCCAACGGCAAGAGCAAGGCUCCUACCGCUGCCCAGAAGCGCGCCGCUGUCAAAGACGAAGACGACUUUGAGGAGAAGAAGAACUACAAGCCCAACCACUCGUACAUGCAUGUCGAUCUCAACGAUGAUCAGAUCAUGGGCGGCGGCAAGCAGCAGACCCUCGUCAAGUACUCGCCUGGCAUCGUCAUCUCGGAGCAGGGUCGCGAGACCGACAAGAAGCUCGACGAGCACUCGGAUUGGGAGUUUGGCGGCCCCUGGGGUGUCACUGCCAUGAUGACGCUCUUCCCUUUGCUCAUGUACUACCUUUGGAUCUGCCUCUGGUUCUACGAUGGCAAGCUCGUCAUCCCCAACUCGGUCAGCGACAUCUGGCCCUUCUUCCAACGCAUGGGCGCUCACGUACGCGACGACGCCUUCCCUACCAAGCGCGCUUUCGCUGGCUACGGUGGUCUGAUGGUCUUCCAGUUCCUCUUGGCUGUCGUCAUGCCCGGCUACAUGCAGGAGGGCCUUCCCGUGCCAUCGCUCGGAUACAAGACGCUCAUGUACAAGUGCAACGCCCUCUCGUCGUUCUACGUCACCCUCGUCACCUGCGCGGUGCUGCACACCACGGGUCUCUACCGUCUCACCACCAUCAUCGAGCACUUUGGCGAGUACAUGACCGUCUCCAUGAUUGCCGGAUACGCCGUGUCGGCUGCCACCUACUACCACGCCGUGUUCACCAACACCACCCACCGCAUGUCGGGCAAUUUCGCCUACGACUUUUUCAUGGGUGCCGCGCUCAACCCUCGCAUCGGCGUGGUUGACCUCAAGAUGUGGGCUGAAGUGCGCAUCCCGUGGGUGCUGCUCUUCCUCAUCAGCGUCAGCGGUGCCUGCAAGCAGUACGAGGUGUAUGGAUACGUGACGCCCAACAUGGCCUUCAUGGUGCUGGCCACGGGACUCUACAUCAACGCGUGCGGCAAGGGCGAGGAGUGCAUCCCGCAGACGUGGGACAUGUUCCACGAGAAGUGGGGGUUCAUGGUCAUCUUCUGGAACUUUGCCGGUGUGCCCUUCACGUACUGCUACAGCAUCGUCUACAUGGCCGCACACCCGCCUUCGUACUACAAGUUCAGCACGCCCACGUACGUCUUCAUGUUCUCGCUGCUGAUCUUUGCGCACUACGUCUUUGACUCGUCGAUGGCGCAAAAGUCGCGCUUCCGCAUGCAGCUGCAGGGGACGUACAAGUACCGCUACACUUUCCCGCAGUGGCCGUGGUCGACGCUCAAGGACCCUCGCUACCUGCAGACCGAACACGGCAACGCGCUGCUGAUCGACGGCUGGUGGCAGUUCCUCCGCAAGCCCAACUACACGGCCGACUGGACCCAGGCGUUCCUUUGGGGCGCCAUCGCCGGCACCCGCUCCAUCAUCCCCUACUACUACUCGGUCUUUUUCCUGGCGGUGCUGACGCACAGGUGCGGACGAGACUUUGAGAGAUGCGGCAAGAAGUACGGCAAGGACUGGGACAAGUACUGCACCAUUGUCAAGUACGCCUUCAUUCCUUUCGUCUACUAG